CGGAAGGGGACCCGGCGGCGGGUAGCUGGUCGCCCAGAGCCUGGGUGCGCGUUCCGGAGCAGCGGCUCCCCGCACGAGCCUCGCCUCCGCUCGCCGGCCGGGGCUCCCGCCUCCGAGCCCCGCCACCCGCGGCCGUCGCCCGCGCAGCCCCGAGGGCCCCUCGCCUCAGCUGCACGUGCCGCGCCCCGUCCGGCCGCCGCGAUGAGCGAGCUUAAUACCAAAACAUCCCCAGCAACCAACCAGGCACCUGGCCCAGAGGAAAAGGGGAAAGCUGGCAGUGCCAAGAAGGCUGAGGAGGAGGAAGAGAUUGAUAUCGAUCUGACAGCACCGGAAACAGAGAAGGCUGCCCUUGCUAUUCAGGGCAAGUUCCGGAGAUUCCAGAAAAGGAAAAAGGAUCCUAGCUCCUGAAGUACCAGUCUUGCCCUUCACACUCUCCCUUCUCCCCUCUUCUCCGCAGUUCUAACUCCUAUGUAUCUUUGUCUCUUUGCCCCUCUAGCCUCUUGUUGAGACAAAUUCCACCCUUAUAUACUAUUUUCUCUGAUAUCCCCCUCAAGCCAUUGCAGCAGUGGAGACACAAGGAACAUGGGGAAGAUGAAGAAUUCAGUUGGCAGCCACUUGCUAAAGAUGGACCGGCUUCUCCUUGGGAUAAGCCUCCUUCGCCAGCACCCAGGCCUGGCCUAUGAGGUUGAGGAGCCAGAGGCUUUGAGGCUGAGAGAGGGGCCCCUGCCAGUGUGGGAGGAAGGGGGAAGCCUUCAGAGCAGGGCGCCCGAGGGUGAGCUUCAGCACUGUUCCGCCGGCUACAACAUUCACACUUCCGGUACCAUGUCUUGCCCCUCACACCCUUCUGCAGCACCACAUCCACCUUCCCUCCUAGGAGCCAAGUGACCGUGGGGACUGGGCCCCCUCCCUCUAGGCGGACCCAAAUCAAGCACCUUCCACGUUAGUGCAUGCUGAGUAGAGGAGUUUCCAGGAAGGGCUCCUUCAUCAUCCAGUCUAGGACGCUAAGGGGCAGAGGCAGAACAGGUUCAGAGGGUCAAGGGCAGGGAGAUGGGACUAGAGAAGAUUUGGAGAGGAAAGAAAAGUAAGGGAGGGGGGCUUUCCGGAGACUCAGCUACUGCUGGCAGACAUGGACCAGAUGAAGGAUUUCUGGGACUUUGCCAACCUGCCUCCCUCUAACCCUCCAAAUCUGGCUGUCCCUAAAGGCCACCAAACCAAGUGACCCCUGGAUUCCCCACAUCCCCACUGUGGAGUCAGAGCAGAAGUGAAAUAGCCCCUCUUGUGAUUUUAGCAUGUAUAAUAAUGAUUAAAAAAAACAACAACCCUCAAGUGGAG